UGGUAGUUCAAACAGGGCGCUUUAAACUGCUGUAAUUUCCACCCCUCCCAUCAGAUUUUAGAUACAGAUAUCCAAUUAUCAAGAUAGGAAAUUAACAGUAAUGAGCCUAUUAUGACUACUUUCGGAUCGGUGUUUUUAGACCUAUAUAUAUAUAUAGUUAUAGAUCUUUCCCUACAUUUAUAAAUUAGAUUUCGUUUAUUUGUUUUCCUUUGUUCAUUUUCAAGUUUAAGUAUAUAUUAUCCUUUAAUUCAAUAAUAAUGGUUUCACGAGUUCAUCCAUUUGAUUCCGCUAAGGAUUAUGAAAUUAGAUUAGCAUCUAAAUUGAUCAAGGAUGCUUAUCCUGCAUCAGCCAAUGUUCACUUUGUUCAAAUCGAUAAAGUUGAUCCUCCAAAGAAAGAUAUGAUUAAAUAUUUAGAAGCUGAAAAAUUCGGUGGUCCAGUUCCUCAAAUCCCAAGAGUGUUAUAUGCCUAUUAUUAUACAGAUACCUUUGAUUUCAAUAAAGCAUUAGUUAAUGUUACCAUUGGUCACAUAAUUACUAAAGUCAAACAACCAAAGGGUGUGAUUGGUCCAUUAUUACCUGAUGACGUUAUGGAAUGGGAAGAAUAUUGUAAUAAUCAUCCAUUGGUUAAGGCUGAAAUUGAAAAAUUAAAAUUACCAGCUGGAUAUACUGUUAGAAAUGAUCCAUGGAUUUAUGCUACCGAUGAUGCACAAGAAAGAAGACCUUUAUGUCAAUUCUUCAUGUACGUCUUAGCUGGUAAUGGCCAUAGUGAAUCAAAUCAUUAUUCUUUACCAUUGAAAUUCUCUCCUGUUUUUGAAUGUUUUUCAAAGAAAUUCAUUAGAAUGGAUUACUUACCAGGUGGAUUUGAUGCUACUAUUACUCCAACUACUCCAUGGCAACAAGUUCCAGCCGUUGAAUAUCAUCCUGAUUUAAGUGGUGAAACCGUUGCAAGAGAUGUUAAACCAUUAAUUAUUACUCAACCUGAAGGUCCAUCCUUCACUGUUGAAGGUUCUAAAGUCAAAUGGCAAGGGUGGGAAUUCAGAGUUUCAUCUUCUGCUAGAGAAGGUUUCGCUGUUUAUGAUGUUAGUUUCAAAGGAAGACAAGUUCUUUAUAGAAUCGCUUUAUCAGAAAUGACUGUUCCAUAUGGUGAUCCAAGAGCUCCUUAUCAUAGAAAACAAGCUUUCGAUUUAGGUGAUUGUGGUUUCGGUACUAAUGGUAAUCAUCUUAGUUUAGGUUGUGAUUGUUUAGGUGUUAUUAAAUAUUUAGAUGGUCAUGGUAUUCAUGCUAAUGGUGAACCAUAUGUUAUCCCAAAUACUAUCUGUAUGCACGAACAAGAUAAUGGUUUAUUAUAUAAACAUGUCAACUAUAGAACCAACAAUGCCGUUCUCGCCAGAAAGAGAGAAUUUGUGGUUCAAACCAUUGCUACUGUUGCUAAUUACGAAUAUAUCAUUAAUCUUAAAUUUGUUAAUGAUGGUUCUAUCGAUAUUGAAGCCAGAGCUACUGGUAUUUUAUCAACCAUGCCAAUUGAUGAAAAUGUUAAAGUUCCAUGGGGUACUAUUGUUGGACCAAAUGUUAUGGCUGCUUAUCAUCAACAUAUUUUAUCAUUUAGAAUUGAUCCAGCUAUUGAUGGUCACAAAAAUACUGUCGUUUAUGAUGAUACUCUUAAAUUACCUAAAGAUGAAAAUAAUCCAUAUGGUAUUGGUUUUGUCACUGACAGAAAAUUCGUUGAAAAAGCUGGUCAUAUUGAUCAAUCUCCAUUCACCAAUAGAACUUAUAAGAUCAUUAAUGAAAACAUUAUUAAUCCAAUUUCUAAGAAUCCAGUUGGUUAUAAAAUUGCUAUGCCAGCUAGACAAAUGUCAUUAGCUGAUCCAGAUUCAUUCAAUGUUAAGAGAGCUAAAUUUUCUACUGAACAAGUUUGGGUCACUAAAUACAAUGAUCAUCAAUUAUUCGCUGCUGGUGAAUUCACUAAUCAAUCUCAAAGUGAUACUGGUCUUGGAGUUUGGGCUAAUGGAAUUGAUAAAGUUAGAAAUGAAGAUCUUGUGGUCUGGGCCACAUUAGGUUUCACUCAUAUUCCAAGAGUUGAAGAUUUCCCAGUCAUGCCAGUUGAAACUCAUAAUAUUCAUUUAGUUCCUUUCAAUUUCUUUGAUAAGAACCCUGCUUUAGAUAUCCCUCAAGCAACUCAAUCAUUCAAUAAAUCUACUUUAUACGCUAACAAUGAAGAAGCUCAAUCUUGUUGCAAAACUAAAAUUUAAUUGAAGCUGGUCUUGUUUUAAUAUAUAUAUAUACAAUAAUAAUAAUAACAAAUAGUAAUCCUGAUUUUUUAAUAUAUUCAUAAAGGUUAAACCAAUCAUAUCAUGGUAGUGGUAUGGAUUUAGUAGUAGAAGGUUUAUAUACUUCACAUGUAAAAAGUUAACUAAAUAAAAUAAAAUGCGCAAAACAGCGCAAACCGAAAGGCUC